GCGCGCGCCUCCAAGCGGAUAAGCGUCGUCUGUCCUCAAGUGUGCGCGCGCGCGCUCCCUGCCUCAGACGACCUGCACUUGACAACAGCAGUAGAAACAAAACCAGCAGCUGCUAAGGUAAAGAAGCCCAACUGAGCCUUUCUUGACUUGAGCCUGCAUCGUCACUUGUCAUGGGCAAGGAGAAGGUCCAUAUCAACAUCGUGGUGAUCGGUCACGUGGACUCGGGCAAGUCCACCACCACGGGACACCUCAUCUACAAGUGUGGCGGCAUUGACAAACGGACCAUCGAGAAGUUUGAGAAGGAGGCUGCGGAGAUGGGGAAAGGGUCGUUCAAGUAUGCCUGGGUGCUGGACAAGUUGAAGGCCGAAAGAGAGCGUGGCAUCACCAUUGACAUCUCGCUGUGGAAGUUCGAGACAACCAAGUACUACGUGACCAUCAUCGACGCUCCAGGCCACAGGGAUUUCAUCAAGAACAUGAUCACUGGAACCUCGCAGGCCGACUGCGCUGUACUGAUCGUAGCUGCCGGCGUGGGGGAAUUUGAGGCUGGCAUCUCCAAGAAUGGGCAGACCCGCGAACAUGCCCUGCUAGCCUACACGCUGGGCGUGAAGCAGCUCAUCGUGGGAAUCAACAAGAUGGACUCCACCGAGCCCAACUACAGCCAGAAGCGCUACGAGGAAAUUGUCAAGGAAGUCAGUACCUACAUCAAGAAGAUAGGCUACAAUCCGGACACCGUGCCUUUCGUGCCCAUCUCUGGCUGGAAUGGUGACAACAUGCUUGACGGCAGCCCCAAUAUGCAAUGGUUUAAAGGGUGGAAGAUCAACAGGAAGGAUGGCAAUGCGUCGGGGACCACGUUGCUUGAAGCCCUGGAUGCCAUUCAGCCACCCACGCGGCCAACAGACAAACCUCUCCGUCUGCCCCUUCAAGAUGUUUACAAGAUUGGAGGUAUUGGCACCGUUCCUGUCGGCCGUGUUGAAACGGGCAUCCUAAAGCCCGGCAUGGUGGUUACAUUUGCCCCAGUCAACAUAACCACCGAGGUGAAGUCGGUGGAGAUGCACCACGAGGCGCUCUCUGAGGCCUUGCCCGGUGACAACGUUGGCUUCAAUGUCAAAAACGUGUCCGUGAAAGACAUCCGGCGUGGCAAUGUGGCUGGUGACAGCAAAACUGAUCCGCCGCAGGAGGCUGCCAGCUUCACUGCCCAGGUCAUCAUCCUUAACCACCCAGGCCAGAUCAGUGCCGGGUAUGCCCCAGUGCUGGACUGUCACACGGCUCACAUCGCUUGCAAAUUCGCUGAGCUCAAGGAAAAGAUUGACCGCCGCUCCGGCAAGAAGCUGGAGGACAAUCCCAAAUCCCUCAAAUCCGGAGACGCGGCCAUCGUUGACAUGACUCCGGGCAAGCCUAUGUGUGUUGAGAGCUUCUCUGAGUAUCCCCCAUUGGGUCGCUUCGCAGUGCGCGACAUGCGCCAGACGGUGGCCGUGGGCGUCAUCAAGGGUGUGGAGAAGAAAGCCUCCACCACCGGCAAAGUCACCAAGUCUGCCCAGAAGGCUCAGAGGAACAAAUGAAUGUUGUGCUACGCUGCCGACCCCAGGGUCUCCCAGGGCAGGAAAUCAAUCAUCCAGCUCCAUCCCACGAUUGGCUGCUCUAACUUAAUAACCAACGACUGGUUAAUCAUCACAAUGCAUCGAAAAACCAUCCGAAGGAAAGAAAAUCACAUAGAUCUGAUGACUCCUAUCGUAGUUGGAUUACCAUGAUACACAAGAUAAUAACGCAAACGUUUUAAGUGUGCAUUGUUCAUUUCAUUCAUGGCAAUGCCAUUUCUGUGAUAGCGUUCAAUUAGGGGUAUUCCGAUCUAUCGCCUAUGUAUAGCUUUCGAGUACAGGUACUGUUUACAUGGUGAAUGUUGUCCUUUCUUCGUUGUCUUGUUUUACAUCAUUGCACUGCGCUACGUAUGAGCCCAAGACACGCAGUUUAAAACUACCGUUUGGUCUUCUGAGUAGUAAGUCGGUAGAACGUAACGUUUCGUUGUGGUUCAGCUUUAAGUGGCAUUUAAAACAAAUGGCAUUGUGUGUCCUUUCCAAAAGGGGGCUCCAAAGUAAGCCUCCUGAAUUCUUGAAGCACUUUCAUUGGCACUUUGCACAUGCACUGGAGAUAUAUUUCAAAACUGACUAAGCUAUUGCACCUUUACUAUAAGAUGGCACAAGACGCUUUGCGACAUUAAACAAGAUUCCACUCAG